ACGAGUGGUAUUAAAACCUUCGACGACCCGCCGUCCUCAGACUAGAUUCUAGAUUCUAGACCUCGACUAGACCUACUAUCAACUUUAAAACUCUCUUUCUUGAUUGGCGUGCUGCGGGUCAAUUCGAUGUGGAGCAUCCACGAUGCUUUAGACUGGUACGCUCGCUUCUUACUACUUAACACAUACACUAUCUUUCAUCGACAACAUUUCACGCAUUAGGGUACAAUAUCUAGACUUUUAUAUUUUCCAUACGGUUCGGUUCCGCCAGGUGUUACUAGACACGCAUUCUUCAAGGGACUCUAGAACGGGGAAAGACGGCCGUCUCGAUUGUGUCGGAUAUAUUUGACGUUAUCCGCUAUCACGGGCUUGACGGCAUGGCAUUUCGUCCUCAGGGUGGUGGUGGACCUCCUGGCUUCCCGAUGUCGUUCCAGCCAACCCAUUCGAGGUCGCCUCCGCAUCCUUCGUCUUCUGCUGGCGCGCGAGGGAUGGCACCAGAAAUAAACCCCUCGGGACCCUUUCUCCCAUUCCAGGAAUCUCAAUUCGACAUUCUCGAGUGGUACCCGCAAUUUCAGUCCUGUGUCCGCUACUUUCUCGAUCACGCGCAACAUAGCGGGCCGGUGCAGGCAGUUGCCGCGUUCGUCAACAUUCAAUUGCCUUUCCAAAGGCCGCAACAUCCCGUCGUCUCGUCCAAGCCUCCUGGGUCACCUCAGGCCGUGCCGUCACCUUCGUCAAUUGCAGCGGGGAAGCUCCCAAUGCCGGGUCACUCACCUAUGGCGGUCUCCUUAACACCGUACGUUCGGCGGUUGGUAGCCACGGGCCUAGAUCUCCCUGGGGUGUUGCACGGGUUCUUCGGAGAUGACUGGCUUGCGGGAAUAGGUCACCUCCACGAAGUCGAGCGAAGGAAUUUCCUGUUUGCUGCUAAGAGCGCUGGCUGGUUGAAGGUCAAGUCCCAGUACGACAUGCCGGACGACCAGAGCAUUCCCUUUCUACGGCCACUGCAAAAUGUGACAGAGAAGGAGAUUGUUAACGCGGAGGCAAACUGGAGUGAGUGGUUGGCAAUGCAGGACUGGAUGGUCGGUCCACGCUCACCAGAUGUCGAUAGAGAAAUGGCAGUCCUUGUGAAGAGUGAAGAUGUCUGAUCUAUAUGGCAGUGGCAUCGUAACCUACAUUUUUUGUUUCAAACCUCUAACCUCAUCGAUAACGGCGAUAUACCGAGUUGUAUACCUCGGACACGAGAUUGGAUUUUAGAAGCCGGCCAGAUGCGGUGUUUUUCGGGAGGGUGAUUAGGC